AUGUCCGAUGAAGCAGCAGCAGCACACAACCGCCUUCAUAUACCUUACUCGCCAUACACCCCAGCAGGUGCUGGUGUCUCCUUGCUGCUGCCUCUACCUCCAACGCCUCGGUGUUUAGAGAAGGGGCCCCCCGCUGCUGCAGCACGGGGAGCUGAGCAGCAGGGGGCCCCUGGGGGCCCCCGAGGGGGCCCCCCAAGGGCUCGCUCAGCACCUAGGGCUGUCUCUACAAUUAAAGAAUAUACAAGACGUAGUCUCUGCAAUCCCAAUACACCCAGGGCCCCUGUUGAGGGGGCCCCCUUCUAUAGGGCAUCUGGAGGGGCCCCCUUUGCUGUUGCUGCGAAGGAGACACCAGGGACACGCCUAAGACGAAGUGGUGUACGUACACCACCAAAGCAGCAGCAGCAGCAGCAGCAACAGCAGCAACAGCAGCAAAUGUCUACUCGACGCCUCUCUGCUAGCCCUGCAAGAGCAUGUCAGGGUAUGGGGGCCCCCAGAGGGGCCCCUAUAGGGGGGCCCCCUUCUGGUGACUGCAGUGUUGCUGCUUUAGCUGAGGCCCUAGAGAGAAAUCAAAGAGAAUUGAGUAAGCUUAACUUGAAUUUGCAGGAGAAGUUGAUAGGGAUAGACAGUACAGCUAAUAAGAGAGAAGCAGGGGGGGGGCCCCCUAAACCCUUUGCCUCAUGCAGGGGGGCCCCCAACCCCGAGGCCUAUGGAAGCAGCAAGAGGCCCUUCUCAGUGGGGGGCCCCCACCCAACUGCAGCAGCAGCAGCAGCAGCACCAGCAGCAGCAGCAGCAGCAACAACAACAGCAGCAGCACGCGCCAGAGCAGGCAGCAGGGGGCCCCUGCAAGGGACAGGGAAGGCGGGGGGGGCCCCCACCCCUUCUCGUGUGGUGUAUAGGGGGGCCCCCAGGGGGCCCCCUGAAGAGAUUACUGAAGGAGAGAGGAUUAGGUUUAUGCUGGCGCUGGAGACAGCAGAGAGACAGUUUGGUGAACGCCUGCAGCAAUGUGUCUCCGUACUGCCCCAAGAACUCAGUAAAAAGGUGGCAGAGGCGGGGCCCCUAGAAGAGAAGCUGCAGCAGCUGCAGGGGGCCCUCUUGCUGCUGCUGAACAAACAACCCCUGGACAGGGGCCUGUCUCCUUCUGAAAGAGAAGGCCUGCGAACGCUGGGGCUACAAAAAAAGAGAGAGGGAAAGCUUCAAGCAGCCCUAUCUGAGACGCGAGCGAAGCUGGAAGCAACAAGGCAGCAAGUAGCAGCACUGCGGCGUCUGCUGCUGCCGCUGCAGCACAGCAUUGGGGCCUAUGCUGCUCUUCAGCGGGGGAACGGAGGCGCAGCAGCAGCAGCAGCAGCAGCAGGAGGAGCAGCAGCAGCAGCAGCACGGCCUUACUCUCCUUAUCGCCCUGCUGUUCCUGCUCUUCUUGCUUCAGAAGAGGGGCCCCCCUAUCAACCAAAUCUUUUUAAAGAUAUGCAGACAGCAGCACAAACAAAUGAAGGCAGCACACCUAGACCCUAUAGGGAAGCAGCAGAAGGGGGCCCCCAGACAUCUAUAGGGGCCCCCCCGAACCCUCUUCACCGGCGGGGGGCCCCCCACUCAGCAGGGGCCCCCUGGGGGGGCCCCCACGGGGGCCCCCCUGGGGGCCCCCCAGCAGAAGAGGAGGCAGUAGGGGCCCCGUCAGAGGCCUCAGAGGAGGCAGGGAGGUACUCUUUAAAGGGGGGGGGCCCCCUACAAACAGAUGGGGGGCCCCCCUUAGAAUAUGAAGGGUCUGGCUUUAAUGUUUGCGACAAGAAAGGAAGAAGAAGCAAAGACAAAGAAAUACUUUUUAAAGAAUUCAAAGCUGUUGAGCAACAUAUUGCUGCCAGCAGCAACAGCAGCAGCAGCAGCAGCAGCAGCAGCAGCAAACAGUCGUUCGAGGCGACCCUCAGCAACGAAAGGAGACAUUAUGAAGCAGAGACAGCAGAAGAAAAAACGCAAGUUAGAGACCUAUCAGCAGCAGAAAGCAGCAGUCUCUUCACUUGGGACCAGGACGAAGACGACGUGAAGUGGGCCUCCGAGUUCCUGAAGAGACAGGAGCUCGGGGUUGGCGGCUGUUAUAGGGGCCCUUCUGCGGAAGAGGCGAGCAAGACAUUAGAAGAGAAGAAGUCAAGCCCCGCCUCACCUCUGCAUGCACGCGUCUUAUCACCAGGCUACGAAGGCCCACCCUGGGCAGUGGGGCCCCCGGGUCCCCCCCAGGGCCCCGGAGGGGCCCCUCAAGGAACCCGAGGGGCCCCCCAGGGUCCCCAGGUGCCCCGAGGGGCCCCCCAAGGAACCCGGGGAGGGGCCCCCCCCCAGGGUACCCUCCCGGGAACACGAGGAGGGGCCCCACAGGGAACCCGGGGGGGGGCCCCACAGGGGCCCCCAGGGGCCCCCAGGGGCCUCCAGGCUGCUGGGUCUCCUAUGGGGAGGAGGGCAAUAGGGCCCCCAGGGGCCCCUGGGGCCCCGGGGGCCCCCCUGCACUCAGGAGGGGGUCCUUUGGGUAGAGGGUACAGCAUGGGGCCGCAUAAUAUGCCUCCUCGUCUUGGGUGGGUAUAUAAAGAAGAUGCAGCAGUUGCUGCAGCAGCAGGAGAGAUAUACGCUUAUGUUGCUUCUUUACCUGCUGCAUGCACUAGCAGCAAGUUGGGUCCCGGCUUAGCGAUGCGCUUCGAGCAGAUGCCUCUGGGGGCAGUGAGAGAAGCCCUUGUAAGGGGCUGCAAUGUGUUAAUUCAUUGCGAGAAAGGCAUUUCUCGUUCGGUUGCUGUUUGUAUGGCAUAUUUAAUAUUAUAUGAAGGGCACUCCUUUCGCUCUGCUUAUUUAGCUGUCAGGAGACACCGCCCGAUUGCACGGCCAAACGUUGGUUUCAUACAGCAGCUGCUGCAGCUAGAAGCAACAGUAAGUUCUAGGGGGGCCCCCGGGGGCCCCCGGGCACUGCAGCAGCAGCAGCAGCAGCAACAGCAGGAUGCUAAGCACCGCACACGCAUAAACCAAUACCUUACUUAUAAACAACAGGACCCAGCUGCAGCUGCAGCUGCAGCGGCAGCAGCAGCAACAGCAGCAACAGCUGCAGCAGCAACAGCAGCAACAGCAGCAGCAGCAGCAGCAGCAGCAGCAACACCAGCAACACUAGCAACUGCACCACCUGUAACACCAGCAGCACUAGCAGCACCAGCAGCAGCACCGGCAGCAGCACCAGAAGAAGCAGCAGCAGCACCAGCAGCAGAAGCAGCAGCACCAGCACCAGCAGCAGCAGCACCAGCAGCAGCAACAACAACAGCAGCAGCAGCAACAGCAGCAGAGGCUCACCGGAGAGAAUUACACCAACACACUCAAGACCUUAUAAAUUCUGCUGUAGCAGCGACCUCUGCGGCUGCUGCUGCUGCUGCUGUUGCUGCUGCUGCUGCCAGGCGCAGCGGCUCCGCGACCCCUUCAGGGCCUCAGCAGGGCCCAGCAGCAGCAGCACUUCACAGGGGGGCCCCCACGAGGGCGCUCAAGGGGGGGGGGGCCCGGUGA